UAGGCAAGAUUCUUAUCUAGAUAUAUGUAGUUAUUAGUCUAGCAAUUAGCCACUGUCAGACAAAAGAAGCUUUGUAUAUAAUUUGAAUUUUUCCAGCUCUCACCUACAAUCACGGUUUUUUGUGCUAGCGUUCUUUGAUAUCUAAGAAGGCCAUCCCUGUCAAGGAUCUAGUUUCAUUCUUGUACAAGCAUGAGCUUUUAUUUGUCACUCCAGCAAGGGCUGGGCUGCCUCAGGUUAUAUUACCUGCUUGUGUCUGCAGAAGGCAGGCUUACCAAACUGGAAAAUCCAGCCUUUCUUUGCACAACCCUCAAACGAGACUUUGCAUUUCCCGAACGCUGAUAAAACUGGGACUUCUCGACUUUUACGUAUGUUGAUUUUUCCAAGAGCUCACUUGAAAUCUAAUUUUUGAUUUUGUUUUGAAGCAUUCCAGUCUACCGUCCUGUUUCAGGGGCACAGGAUAUGGGACACGGGAACAAUAGAAACUUUUCGGCUCUGGCGUGUUAUCAUCAGAAACAUACCCAGGGCUGAAAAUGCAGAGGAAGUUAGUUUUUCCUGCUCACAUGUCCUGUGUUGAAAAGUUCUUCACGGGGAAUAAGAAGCAAUGAAUGGCCAUGAGACCAUUGAUUUACCAGCACUAAGCAAUGAAGAACGGGAGCAUGAACCUCUGAAUCCUGAAGCUCAUAAUCAGACACCAGCCUACUUCAAGUCAUGUUUUGAAACUGUUUUUUGGAAAUGCAAGCUGUGGAUGAUUUUAACUUCCGCUUUUCUGGUGUUGAUUCUUGUGACUAUUCUAAGUUUAGUUUUCUAUUCAGUUUACAUAGAUGAAGAUGACUACUGGGACCCUGAAUCAAUAGAAAAUGGCAGUCUUCAUAAUUUCACAGGGAUAUUAAAAAUUCACUGUACUAAUCCUGACCUGGAGCUCUCAGAAUCAGCAUUUAAGUUGAUUUUUGAAAAUCUUAGUAAGAGGCUUACAGAUGUAUACAGUCAUUCACCUGCACUUGGACGGUAUUUCGUCAUGGCUGAAGUUGUUUCCUUCAGUAAAGAAAACAAUUCAGCAUCCUACCUUUUAUGGUUCACGGUGCCGCCUGAGACUGAAGAGUUUAUGAAGUCUAGAAUGAGUGAAGGCUUUGUGAUGAAUAUUUUAAGGCAAAAUAUUUAUGACAAGGAAGAAAUGGAUGGGCUGAAUGUACCUGAUUGCACAAACAUGACACUUGAUCCAACUUCCCUUUCAGUAAUGCAAAUACAGACUGGUGAAUAGUACGAGGAAGCGUGAAUAGUAAGCAGACUGGUGGAGCUCCAAAAUGUCAUCAGAGGAAGGGUCAUAUAUGGAAACAAGGACAUCUUGUUCAAAGAACUAUGGUUCAUUUCCAGCAUGUCUUCAGUCCUCUUACUGAAAUCAAGAACUUCAGGAGAAUAUGACUGCAUCAGUCAAGUGGAUAAGAUGGUGGCCCCUGGCAAUGAUAUAGAUGCCCGUUUAGAAGAACAUAUGAGUUUGUUGGACUGCUAUCUGACCACAACCAAAUCUGGUUGUUUGAAGCUUGAUGAAAGGAGAGUUCCAGAACAUAGACACAUAAGGCUUCAUUCAAGCUUGAGCUGCUCCUUAGUAUCAUGAACCCAAAGUUAGUAAGGGAUCAUUCUGAAAGCCAUUUUGGUUUCUCAGAUAUGAAAGUCUUUCCAAGUUUCUCAGCAGACUGCGGAACUGUGCGUAUUAAGAUGUCCAGACUCAUGUUUUAUGGUGGGUGUGUUAUGACACUAUAAGAGUGUUUUAGUGGUGGGUAUAUUCUGAUUUGUUAGUUGCUCUGUUAUUCUUGCAUCCACAUUAUUGCUGCCUGGAGGGGUCUAUAAUGUGACAAAAUCUGGACAAAAAACCCCAAGCAUUUGUGUGGUAUGAAAAGUUACAGGAUAAACUCUGGUUGGCAAUGAAAGUAGUAUGACCACCCCAAAACAUGUGCAGGUGUAAAUAGUAUGGUAAGCAGGAUCAUGUGUGAUCCAAUAGCAUCAGAGGCAUAAAUCAUCAUGAAUGUGCAAUGAAAGGGACAUCUAGAGGGACACAAAUAGAAACAAAAGCUCAGUUGUAUAAUAACAU